GAAUGUGUCGCCUAUCAGUCACCGAGGGGAUCAAGUCCUCUGGACUGUCCCACGCGCCCAAUGCGCUGACUAGAGCAUCUGUGAACGAGAGAGCAAGAUAGAGAAAGAAAGAGCGAAGAGUAGAACUGACUGACGCGGAGGUAGAGCAGCAUCCCUGCCUGGACACUUCAACUCGAAACAAGAGUCAUUUAGCAACCUGUCUCCUUGCCAGAUUCAUUUGAGUCAAUAAGGGCUAUUCGUUCCCUUUUCACCUUUCGAGUCCUCUCUGAUAGUGUGGUGAGUACACCUUGCGAUGAUCAAUUAUACCAUUAGGUAACACAUAAAACAUGCGCUCCAUCUAUGCAUUUACCUGUAGCCUUGAUUUAUUGUUUUAGAAGAACUGUUGUUAUUGUUCAUUUUGUUAUAACUACAAUGUGGAAUUGGAAGAGACAGAUAGGUUUUUCAGAAAAGGUACGUAUGUUCAUCAGUGAAAUUGGAUCAGAGCUUAUGGACAAAUAAUAAGCAAUUAAUAUCAACUUAAUGGAAGUCUAAACGUUUUCGCUUUUCAUAUUUUUAUUGAAGACAAUGCAGGCCCUCGCUCUUAUUCUGGGAGUGAAAGCCGCAUGCAUCCUGCUGGUGUCAUCUCUCUCAGGCACGGGGGCCGUCAACAAUAGCGGUCGGUGGUGGGGAAUAAUGAAUGUGGCCUCCUCUGCCAACCUACUCAUCAACUCCAAGAACGUGCAGUUGGUCCUGGACCCUAGUCUAGCUCUGCUGAGCCGACGCCAGCGACGCCUGAUCCGCCAAAACCCCGGGAUCCUGCAUGCCAUUGCCACUGGCCUGCACACGGCCGUAAAGGAGUGCAAGUGGCAGUUCCGCAACCGCCGCUGGAACUGCCCGACCACCCAUAGUCCAGUAGUGUUUGGUAAAAUUGUCAAUCGUGGUUGCCGAGAAACGGCAUUUGUAUUUGCCAUUACGAGUGCUGGGGUGACGCAUGCGGUGGCCCGGUCCUGUUCUGAAGGCGCCAUUGAAUCCUGCACCUGCGACUAUCGGCGCCGUGGGUCUGGGGGACCAGACUGGCACUGGGGGGGCUGCAGUGACAACGUGGAGUUUGGCCGCAUAUUUAGCAGGGAGUUUGUGGACUCCAGCGAGAGAGGUAGAGAUCUGCGCUACCUGACCAACCUCCAUAACAACGAGGCAGGAAGAAUGACAGUCUCAUCAGAGAUGCGACAGGAGUGUAAGUGCCACGGCAUGUCUGGCUCUUGCACUGUCCGCACCUGUUGGAUGCGCCUGCCCAGCUUUCGUGAGGUGGGUGACUUCCUUAAAGAUCGCUUUGAUGGUGCUUCGCGAGUUGUCUAUGCCAACAAGGGCAGCAACCGCGCCUCACACCGCGUUGACCCUCGACACCUGGAGCCUGAAAAUCCUGCCCAUAAACCCCCAUCGUCAAGGGACCUGGUUUACUUUGAGAAGUCGCCAAACUUCUGUUCCUAUAAUGACAAGACAGGGACGCUUGGUACUUCUGGUCGGAUCUGCAACAGCUCUUCUCCUGCCUUGGAUGGGUGUGAACUGCUGUGUUGUGGUCGUGGGUUCAAGACACGGACAGAAAGGGUGACUGAGAGGUGCCACUGCACCUUUCAUUGGUGUUGCCAUGUGAGCUGCCUCAACUGCACCAGUACACAGACGGUAUAUCAGUGUCUCUGAAAGAAAGGGAGAAAAGGUCAUUGUGACAGGAAAUAAAGGUAGUAUUUGGUACAUAAUGUGUUGAGUGGUAAGGAAGCAUAACAGAAUACAGGGACAAAACAGCACUAUGGUGCAAUCAGUGUUUUCCGGAUAAAGCAAGCAUAAAGCUGAGAACAGGGUGUACAAGAAGUGUGUGCUUCAUCACACUCUCAAAUGACUCAAAUGAUGAAUAUGCAUGGGUGCCGAUUGGUCAUAUGAAGGUGUUCAAUGGUCUAGCCUUCUAAAGGAAUCAAGUCCAAUUACUAUA